AUGAGUCCAUUUGAGGUAGUAUAUGGUUACAAAGCCAGAAAACCUCUGGAUUUUUUACCUAUGUCACCCCAUGUUAGUAUUUUUGAGUCUGCACAUGCAUUUGCACACUACAUUCAUGAGUUGCAUCAGAAAAUCUACAAGCGCAUUCAUGCGAGUAAUGCUCACUAUAAACUACAAGUUGAUUUCCACAUGCAUGAUAAGGAAUUUCAAACUGGGGAUUAUGUUAUGAUUCAUAUUCAGCAUGAGCGAUUUCCAUCUAGAACUGUUAAGAAAUUGCAGGUUCGUAGUACUAGGCCAUAUAGGGUGUUGCGCAGGGUUGGUACGAACGCCUAUGUCAUUGAUCUCUCAUCUGAUUGUGGUAUUAGCCCAACUUUUAAUGUUAAAGAUUUGGUUGUUUACAAGGGCCCAUCAACAAUCCCCGAUGACCUUUUUGCUGAGCCCUUUUCUGAGCCUGAUGAUCUCCCCAUUCCUGAUCCCAUACCAGCUUCGAUCCCUUUGCCCCACCAACAAGCACAAAAAAAGCAAAUUGAUGCCAUUUUAGACGAUCAGACAGUUUUUACAAGUGAUGGAGACAUCCAGCGCUUCUUGGUAGAAUGUGGAAUGAAUAAUGCAGCAAUUUGCUAG